GCGGGGCCGGGCCGCCGAAGCUGUUCCGGGCCGCGGGGCAGCCAUGGCGGAUGAGGAGGAGGAUGUGCCGUUCGAAGAGGACGCGGAGGACGCCGGCGGGGGCCUGGACGGCGGGCAGGGCAGGAGGAAGCGGCUGUUCUCCAAAGAGCUAAGGUGCAUGAUGUAUGGAUUUGGAGAUGACCAGAACCCUUACACAGAAUCGGUGGACAUUCUUGAGGACCUGGUAAUAGAGUUUAUCACUGAAAUGACACACAAGGCCAUGUCCAUCGGGCGGCAGGGUCGGGUGCAGGUUGAGGACAUUGUCUUUCUAAUACGCAAGGACCCCCGGAAGUUUGCCAGAGUUAAAGACCUCCUAACUAUGAAUGAAGAACUGAAACGAGCCAGAAAGGCCUUUGAUGAAGCAAACUAUGGGUCUUGAAUCUGUGCACAAGCUGCACUGGGUCAUUAUUUGGCCACCUGCUGCCACUAAGAAGGAAGAUCAUGCAUGUUGUUUGGAAGGGGUUUUUAGGAUGGAGGUCACUGCUGGGAUGUCUGCCAUCACUCCCAGCCUUUUCUGAGACAUUUUCAAGCAGCUGAAACAUUACCUGAUUGUAUGUGGUAUACUUAGGUACUUUUAUACCAUUUCAGGAAAUGAGAAAAAGACCUCUAAAAAUUCCUGCAAUGGCAGGAAUCUGUUUCAAGUAGGCCUGUGUUGCAUCAGAUGGCUCAAGGGCUGAUGAUUCCCAGUUCUCUAAAAUUGUUUCAGUUGUCACUGGGUAUUCCUGUGACAGGAAACCUUGAAAAAAGAUCUUGGUUAUGUGUACAAAGACCUUAAGCCCAAACUACUAACAAAGUUGUGCUCUUUGCUCUGUGUAUGCAUUUUGAAUAAAACAUAAGUUUGUGCCCACGUUUC